CAUGUGAAUGAACUUAGAUCUUAGGGGCAGAAUGGUAAACUAAGCAUGGAAUAAAGAACCCAAAAUAUUUCGCUUGUGCAGAUCGUGGCACUGGCAAGCACUUCACUGCAGCACUGUAAUUUCAUGUUGUUUUAUACGACGACCAUCGAAACAAAAUGCAUGGUGAGAGCACACAGAAUAAAUUAUUAAGAAAAGAAAAAAACUUAAAGAGUACACAUGUUGGUUUAUCCAUUGAUUUAACUACGCCAUGGUGAUCAAUCGAGUGCUGUGUUGUCUGCUCUUAUGAGGAACUGUAUAACUGUUCCUCUUUGUCUCUGCAAGAGGCCCACAUGGCCAUCCCCUCGCAUUAUAAAGCAUUCAUCCUCGCCUCCUCUUUCCUUCCCUUCCAAAAUUAACAAUCUCAUUCUUCUUCUCAAACUCGAGGCCACCCGCUGCAUCGCUUCCCCCUCGUCAAGAUAAGGCCAUUUUCUGGCAAAGAGAAAUGGAGGAAGUCGCAACCAUCUUCUACUCUCAAGAGUCCUACAUUAGAGGCCACCAGGCCAACAUUUCUGCUGCAAAUACUAGCAGCGUACCAGGCUUCAACUCUAGCAGCUUCUCCAUGCCUCCUUACCUGCCAAGCUGCUUCCAGAUUCAUUCCCCUAGCCAGGAGUUUACUUCACAGACCAGUUCAUGGAGCAGUUCGGCUUCAGAUGAAGCAGAAGAACAUCAAAGCAUGAUUGAUGAGAGAAAGAAGAGAAGAAUGCUAUCAAACAGGGAGUCCGCACGCAGAUCGCGCAUGCGUAAACAGAGGCUUCUUGACGAGCUCUGGUCGCAAGUGGUGCAGCUUCGGUCUGAGAACCGCGAGCUCAUUGAAAAGCUCAACUCUCUGUCCGACCAGCAUGAACAGAUCAUGAGAGAGAACCGGUCCCUUAGGAAAGAAGCUAGAAUACUCCAGAAGAAUCUAAGAGAUUUGCAGAUGAACCCAGAUGCAGCUCUUCAAGAAGGUGACAAGGUCCCUUGCAACAUAGAACAUCUCCAAGCACAUAACCAACCAACCAGUAGCCAGUUACAUCUUGAUUUUCUGCAAUAAUCUCUCUCUC